AUGAACUGGAUGUGGGACAGGGGCAGCAACACCGACCGCUGGAUGUUUAUUUCCAUUUCUUUUGGGUGUGUACCUACAGGUCGGGGUGGGACUGUCCGCAGCAUCAGCAGCACAAACAGCAGCUGCGGGCGGCCGGACGGAAAAAGGAGACUCCGGAGGUCCCAAGAGAGGUCCUUUGCCAAGGCCGUAGCCCCGACCCGAAACCGUCCCCGCCGUCUCGCCCAGCAGGGCGCGGCCCCAGCGCCACCCGGCUCGCCCCGGAGAGGUGGGACUUUCCCCACCGGAAGUGAUCCCGUCCAGUCUCGGGGAACUGGGGCACCUCAACCAGUGUGUCAGGGAAACCCUUCCGGGUGUGUGCUGGGGGGGUGGGGUGGGGGGGGUGAGAAAAAAAAGAGGUGGGUUCGCUUGGAGUCCCAGCGGCCGCCGCCGCCGCCGGACGGCCCCCGCCCCUUUCCCCUCUGCGAGCUGCAGCGCAGGGGAGGCGGUGAGACGGAGGAACCGGCCUCUCGCCAUGGCCUUGGCGUGACAGAGUUUCCCGGGCGGCCGGGCGGGUGCGGACGGCAGGGCCGGACGACACCCGCGGGAGCCGCGGCCCAGAGACCCGCCCGGGCGACAGUGACUGGAGCGGAGACCACAGGCCCGGGCCGGCUCGGCAGCGCGAGCAGGAAGCGGGGUCCCUGGGUCCCUUUGUGUGAAGGGCGAAGGAGGGGUGCGGGGCAGCCCCCGGCCGCGGGCUCCUUGGACGCCUGUCCUCCCGCGGGGGCCCCCGUCGGUCCUGCGGCGUUCCCCCCCCGCCAACUUCCCUUCGGGGGGCGCGUCUCGCCUCCCCCCGCCCUCCUCCGGGCUGCUCAGGGCUCGCCCUUUCCCCACGCCCCCUGCCUGGGCUUCAGUUCCUAUAGGAAGGGCAUUACCAUCCCAUCCCCACCCACCCCGACACUUCGCUCUUUCCCCUCCCCCUCCUUUAACUUCCUCUUCUUCCCCCGUCGGGCCCUGGGCUCCUCUGCACUCUCCUCCCGGGUUCGCAGAUUUCCGCCCACGUUCCGCCUCUCCGAGCAGCGCCGCAGCGAGCGGGGUGUUAUUUUUCCCUCCCUUUGGUAG